AUGCUAUCGCGUGACUACACUACAGAAGCAUCGCGCUAUGUUUUCAUAAUUCAUUUUCAUCGAGCGUAUCGUGUGUCUGAUGAAGGUCAGUGCAUUUUGUUAAUGGCGCAUUUUGUUCAGAAUUCAGUACUCUCUAAAACUACAUGUGACUUGGUCGGUAAAUGUGCGUUUUUCGAGAGACAGACCCCGUCAAGAUCCUCCUUAGGGU